AUGCCUGGAGUAUAUGAUAGAUUCAACAAGGAUCUAUCAAUUGGUAUCAGAGCAGUUGAUGCUGGGGAAACAAUGAUAGCAAAUGAACAACAACAAUCUCUGUGGAUUCAACAACAAGCAAAGGACCAGGAAGAGCUGAAGAUCAUCCGAACGGAGUUGCUAGAGAUGGUGAAGAUAAUGGAGAUGCAUCGUCAGAACCAGAUAAAGAGAAAAGAAGAGACAGAAGCUAAAAUAGCAGAAAUGAAAAAAUAUUACUACUCAGAGGAAGGGAUGGAGGCUGAGAAGGCUAAAUGGAGACAAAUUUACUACUCAAGCUUGAAGGAGAAGGAGAAAGUAGACCAUGAGGAGGAAGAAGCAUCCGUCAAAGUUUAUGAGUCAGAAUCAGAAUGCAAGACCACACCAUCGUCAUCACUGUCGGAAUUUGAAGCAACUAGCGAAGGAAAGACAGCCCACGAGGAGGAAGAUGAAGUAUCAUCGGAAUUUUCUGAGUUGGAAUUGGAAUCCGAGCCACCGUCGCAGUUUCCACCAGCAGCGCUGCCGCCGAAACAACCAACCCCGCUGUCGUCUCCGCCAUCUCUAGGGUAUGAGAGCAGAAAAGAGAAUGAGAUGAAGAACUUAGGUGGAAAAGUUCCUGAGUCGGAAUCAAAACCAAAGAAGGCACCACAACCACCUAUGCUGUCACAGCCACCUUGCCCUCCCCUGUCGCCGCCACAUUCACCUUCACCACCACCAUCACCGGUGAUAUUUCAAUCAGAAGGAGUAAUGAGAAAAUCAGCUCUGGACCAGGAAGGAUCGAACCAGAUGUUGAACAUGGGGACUCUGGUAUGGACGAAUCCAAAUGGCGAAAUUCCGGUAGCAGAAAACCAUUUAGAAACGGGAGCCACCGGGCGAUGUUGUGUGUUUUCGCAGAUCAGGAAGCAAACGGAAUACUCACAGCGUCAAUGGGAGAUAGCGGCUCCGUUAAGCGACGUCUGUGAAACGAAACAUCUAGGUGAACACAAAGGUAAACACUCUAACUUAAGCCCAAUUGUUAGUAAAUCAUCUAAGGCUAAAGAGACCCUCAGCAGCCCAUGUGAGAUUGAAUCACUGAGUACGCAUUCAAUCCCACAGUCGGCGAACUUGGCGCCAACUCUUACGUUCGUAACUCCUACUUUAGCACCACCUGCAUCGUUGUUUCCUAUAAUCUUAAAUCUAGAUAUGAGUAUGGAGUUUUCGUUGAAUCAAAUGCAACACACACACAAUUCAUCAUCAUCUCUAUCGAUGUACAGUUCCAAUUCAACUUCUGAAAUACGAAAAGAAGACCCCCUCAAGCUUGCUGCCGAAGACUACUUAUCUGGGAUUUUGAUGUUGUACCUCCAGAAAGGAAUGAUGGACCAGGCACUCCAACCGUUCGACAAAAUGCUUCAACAUCAGAACCGCAUCUUUAAUGAAAAAUCUCCUUGUCAAGAGGCAUUUCUAAAAGCUUUACCAGGUGAUAAUGAAAGAUUUAGUGCAAAUAGUAGGGAGGUAAAGUAUCUAAAAGGAGGUUAUGUUGCUUCGAAUUUCAAGAAAGUUCAUGCAAUGGGUGCUGCAAAUUUUAUUUCUUAUGUGAUUAUCAUGAACCCUGUGGGUCAGAUUGGAACUGUAUAUGCUCUGAUGUUGCAUUGUUUGGUUGUGAAGUUGGCUGAGAUUUUGACUAGGAUUGAUAAAGAAAGAGAGAAAGAAAAACUUGAGAUUCCUAGUAAAGGGAAGAAUGUAUCAAGGUCUGCUGUCAUCUGGAUGGGGAAGAAACCAGAAACUGUUGGAGACAUAAUUAGCUUAGAUAGGAUGGGAAAAAGCCCAGAAGUUGUGGGUGCUAUGCAUGUUGUUUCUGGAAUCUAUUAUGCAUACGGUGAAAAUAACAGAUUGCAUGGGAAGGAAUGGGUUCAAUUUUUUGUUGAGAAGGGUGAUGCUGAUAAAGAAAAUAUUGAUGUGCUAACUGAGGUCGAGCAAGUGGAUGUGAUAACUACAAAUCAGAGCAAUACUGAGGAAGCAAAGAUAACAAGCAACAAUAAUGAAAUGGAAUGGCUGGUGCAGUGGCCAAGGUUUCCGGAAGCAGAAGCAACGUGGGAAGAAUUCAAGAAGAUGAAACUAAGGGUUCUGGAUGUUCACCUUGAGGACAAGGUGAAAGUUUGGGACGCCGGUAUUGAUAAGCCCCAAAUUGGGCGAUCAUAUGUUAUUUCCAAGUUGGAGGAUUACCCACAGUUUCAAGCUGUUGCAAUUGCUAUUGAGAAAUCUGGAUUUAAGAUUGUCUUGCUGCUUCGGCUUGUUCCGUUACUUCCGUUUAACAUGUUGAACUACCUUUUAUCCGUGACUCCAGUUUCCAUAUGGGAGUACAUGAUGGCUUCAUGGUUGGGAAUGAUGCCAAUUACCUUUGCACUUGUGUAUGUUGGAACAACUUUGAAGGACCUGGCUGCUGUUACUCAUGAAUGGAGUCAAUUCUCAAAAACUCGUUUGGCACUAGUUGUUCUAAGUUUUGUGGUGUCUGUGGUGUUGAUGGUAGUUGUGACUAAAGUUGCAAAGUCGGCUCUUGAGAAGGCUUUGGCAGAAGAUGUGGAUAUAGCUGUAGUAGAUGACAUCGGCAGCAAUUCAUCCACUGUUGUAGAUCUGCAUGAGCCGCUGCUUGUGCAAGAUUAGAUUGAUAUUCAUUCUUCCAAAAUUUCUCUCUAUUCAUGUAUGUAUAGUCUACAAACAAAAGAUCAAAAUUACUGUAAAUACAUAAGUCAUUAUUUGUAAGCUAGAGUCAGAUUUUAUUUUAGAAAAAUUAAAUACCAUCCUAGUUUUUUUUUUUCUUCCUACUCAUAUAAAACAAUGACAUAUGGAAUGCAUUAAUUUCCUUCUCUUAA